GACAUCCUGCACUAUCACCGUCACGUCCGUUUCGAGAGGCAUGUCUGACCUUCAAGAGCUGUUCGCUCGCCUGAAGACUCAGAGUUCCGAUGCGCAGUCGCAGUCACAGCCACAGCAGAACACGCCCACGCCCUCCAUCUGGGCUGCACCGCCACAGCAGCAGCAGCAGUCGGCGACGCUGAGCUCGCCCUUGUUCAGCCCACCAACACUCACUUCCAACCCCAUCAACGUCCCAAACAUCAUCAGCCCUGCACCGCCCAAGUCGAGUCCGGCCAAUCCAGCUCCAGACCAGCAGCGGACGAACACUCUGCUCAACCUCCUCAAAUUCAACAACCAGCCAGGCGCUCAGUCUGGGCCGAUAGCGAACUUGCAGAAUGUGGGAGGCAAUAUUAGGACCAGCAGCGAGUCGUUCGGCGGCCUGGCCGGCGGCGACAGUGCCACUGCGUCACGCCCGUUGUCGGCGCAAGACCUGAUGGCUUCUCUGCAACGCAAGCCUUCUGCGCCUGGCGUGCUGCCUUCACCGCUAGCCGGACCUGGUGCAGAGAGGAGCAAUUACGCUCCACUACCAACAUCUGUCAGCAAUCAGCAAGAUUUCUUGCUCAACCUGCUGCGAAAACCAAAUGCGCUGAAGCCUAGCCAAAUAGGCGAUUCGGAGAGUGUGCUCCCCUCCGUUGAGAAGCCGGAUCCAUCUGUGGAUAGAUUGGCGCAGAGCUUGGCGGAGACAUCUUUCCAGCAACCAGCCGCGUCUGCGGUUGAGCGCGAGACGACUCCAGUACGCCAAUUUGGCACGGUUGCCUCCCGCGAAAAUACGCCCUUCGAUGCACCGCAACCGACCAAGGCUAGCAUGUUCAGCUACGUGAACCCUUUCGAUCAGCUUCACUCUUCGUCUCCGCUCAAUCGCACUCCGAAGCCGGAGGCCCAGGCGGAGACUAAGAAGAUAGAGAUACUCAAGCAUGAGCGGGAGGUAUCGGCCAUGAACGGCGACAGUGCUGGACCCGCAGCAAAAAGCAGGAAGCUAGACAACACUGCGAUUGGUGAUAGUGAGAGUCAUCAUCACAGCGUUUCCGAGGCUGUGGAGAAUGUGGGCGAGAAGGUGGACAAGGAGGUCCGCGAAGCUUUGGCGCAUGCCGAGCAACCCGGCCAAGACGCCACUGUCAAGCCUACUGAGACAGCGCCCACGACCACGAAGGGCAUUCAGAAACAGACCGCGCUUGGAGACGACGAGAUAGAGUCAAGCUGGGAGAGUGCGGAAGACUCGGCGAACGACAGGAAGGGCGAGCAUCAGCAAAAGGUCAAGGUGUACAACUUCCCAAUGAAGCCUUUCGUGUCUAUCAACAUCACAGGCCAGCCUGAGAAAGCGACUCCUAUCCGCGCGGAUGACUUCAUGGUCAUAGCAAAGCUCACGAAAGAGUUCGACCAGAUGGACCGAAGCUUAGUGGCUGCAAGCCAGUCGCACAUUGUCUACGCGCAAACUGCCACGAAGAAAGACAACCACGGCUUCCGCGUCAUUAGACAAGACACCGGAAACCACAAGCAGGUUUUCCGGUCGAGCGGCGAGCGCGUCUUCAACGUGCAAGUGUGCACUCCGCUAGCAGAGUCCGGCAGUGAUGUCGAGAGUGUGCUCGCAACAGGAGUCAACGGAUCGGUCUUCUGGACUUCCCUGGCCAAGUCCGGAGCAGACUCAUUCGAUGACGAGGAUCUGGAGUCGCAAGGCUUCAUUAUGCCUGCCGUGGCUACCGCCGAAGAGAACACUAGUGGCUCCCCGGUUAAGACCCGCGCGAAGUGCAGCUCUCGCCAUGCUGAGUUCUUUGCAAUGAGUCGCAGCAAGACUAUCCACAUUAUCGCUCCGGAUGCCGUCAAGGAGAAGGUAUACACCAAUGCGAAAACCCGGGUAGUAGACAGCGAGAAGUUCCUUAACGAGCACGGACUGCGCAUUAAUACUGGGAAGGCAGGUAAAGACUUCGCGUUCUCCGAAGACGACAGUGUCAUCGUCAGUCUCGACAAGAGCGGCGUCGUCAAGUUCUGGGACAUUCGCGACCUCACGAAGCGUGCCUUAGACAUUUCGGUAGACAAGCGCGAGCCCGUCGAGCUCCGCGAUCCGCUCUGGAGCUUGACAGCGGUCGCAUCGGGCACAAAGGCGGAUGAGAAACCAUCAGUCUCCUCCGUUAUGCUGCUCGACAAGGAGCGACCGCAUACUAAGGGUAUUGCCCUACGUUACAUGCUUGUCGGCUUCAAGCAAAAUCACAUCCUCCAACUGUGGGAUCUCGGUCUUGGGAAGGCCGUUCAGGAGCUUCGCCUACCGCACGAGAAGGACAGUGAUGGCUUCUGCAGCAUCAAUUACCACCCUAAGACCGGCAUUAUUGCGCUCGGGCACCCAACGCGCAACAGUGUCUACUUCGUUCACUUGAGCGCACCAAAGUACAAUGUUCCGUUCACUGAUCAAGCGGCGUAUAUCAAGAUGCUUGCGAGACACGAUCCUAAUCUGCCAAAGCCGGAGAGUACGGCCAUUAUGAGCGGGCUUAGGGAGUUCAGCUUCGACAAAGUCGGCCAGCUUCGCAGUCUGGAGAUGCUUAAGACGCCAGUCGACAAUGCGUCGGAGAAGGGUACCGUCGACGAGACCCAAUUUGAACUGUACGUCGUGCACUCGAAAGGUGUGUUCGGUACCCCAAUCAAGAAGACGGAUCUGGGCUGGGACGCUCAGAGCAAAAUGAUUGAGCCAGUGGACGCUGUGGAGACGGGUGUCAUCACUGUGACUGAUCUGCGCUUGCCAUCCGCGAAAGAUACGUCCGUAGUAAGUGAAGCCGCAAGUGCUGUUGAAACGCCAUCGAAGAAGAAGGAAGUGAAAAAGCAGGAAGUGGCGAAGCCAGUAACACCAGCAACGAAGCCGGGUGAUGCUGCUCGCACUCAUACUGAAGCUCCAGCAGCAGUUGCACAUAACGGCACUCACACUGCUGCCGAACUUCCAGCGCAGUCGAAGCAGAUACCAGAGGCCCCAACGUCCACUCAACCUCCCGUCAAUCCGCCAAUCAUGACGCCAGAGUCCUAUGCCAUGGCGGCUCAGCAAGCAAAACCACUUCCUGACCAGACUGAUCGCACCAUGCCUCAGCACAUGCCAUCUUCUGUAGACACAGCUGCCGUCACGCCCAAGCUGCAGAACGGCGCUCUCGCCCCUGACGUGGCCGCCGAGGUUCAGGCCGCUCUAACCAAGCAGUUCACUUCGCUAUAUCAGCGUCUAGAUGCCGAUAAGCGCGUCUCUGAGGCCGCUGGAGCGGCGAAGCAGGAUGCCAUGCUCCGAUUGGUGUCUAGUACGCUCACCGAGAACGUGGAGCAGAGCUUGCAUCGCAUCAUCAAUGCAAGCAUCGAGGAGAAGGUCAUCCCAGCUCUUACGGAUAACGUGACAAAGCUCGUCGACAGCAAGUUGGCCGGCUUACUGCCGCAGCACCUCACAACAAGUCUGCAAAAGGAGCUCAAGGCGGCUUUGCCAUCGGCAUUACAGCACACCCUCAAGGAUGAGGUGAUCCACCGUAACAUCGCAACUGCUACAUCCAACCAGGUGGCGCCGAAAGUGCAACAGCAGGUUUCGAAUUUGCUCCAGCAGUCUCUACCAACUAUGGCGACGCAGGCGACGCAAAAGAUGGUCGCCGAGCUCGAAACUCGUACAACGCAGCGGCUGAAGCAGGCCGAGCAAGAGCGCGAGCAAGCGAAUGCGCAAAUUGAGCAGUUGUCGACUCUGGUGCGCGGCCUGGAGCAGACGAUCAAGAGUAUGGCGGACAGCCAGGCCGCGUUCCAAGAGCAAAUCCUGCGCAUGCAGCAGGCCAGGCAGGAAGAAGAGGUCAAGGCCGAAGCGAAGCCCACGGCGUCGACGGAGAAGGAGGUCGAUCCACAGAAGGCGGCGGAGGAGGAAGAGGUGCAGCGGAUCACGAAGUUGCUGGUCGAUAAUGAGUUUGAGCAGGCGACGAUAGCUUGGCUUCAAUCGACCAACCAAGCCAACCUCUUCGACAACCUCUUCGUGCGGGUCAACCCGCAGUACCUGCACCAAGUCUCUCCCCUCGUCUCCCUCAGCGUCUCCGCUGCCGUGACGGCGACGCUGGACACAAACAUCCACCAGCGUCUGGAGUGGCUUGGCACUGUGUUGAGUUACAUCGACCUGCGGGACGAAGAAAUUCGGGAUGUGGCGCCGCAGAUUAUGGAUGUCUUAGGGCAGCGGUUGCAAGGAUCGUAUAUGGUCGUCAGCGAGCAGAGUCCGAGCGAUCCGGCGGUGCUGAAGAAGAUUGCGGCGUUGCAUAGGCAGGUGAAAGAGAUUGGAAGGAGGGCUGGGGAGUAAGUGGGCGUGGAAGUGAAGAUGGUGUAUUAUGGUGUCGACCGGCGUUGCUGGAUGGUCCAUAGAGCUGUUUGCUUCGCACCUUGCUAUUGCAUAGCGUUGGAGCAUUGAGCGGCUGACGGAUGCCCGCCCAGCGAUGAUGCUGUAUGAUGGCUGUAAACGACGGCAAAUGUACACUGGCGUAGCAUUACGUGCACUUAAUGAGACGAUGGAGCUGAACAAGCUGUUCUCCGGCAAUGACAUUGCGAGAGACGCUGCCUCUUAGGGUCUACGGGUCGUUGCGCCUGUUGUCUGCUUCUAGACAUGGCCGAUAGCGACGUCGAACUAACAACGACAAUCUGUGAACGCCAUACCCGAGCCAUGUACGGCGAAGCUUCUU